AUGCACGGCAUUCCCGAGGGGACAUUCCUUCACCUGUCCCGUGCUGCGGGGCUUUUCGUUGUGCAGAUCACUGGUCUCUCGACUGUGUACCUAGUAUCUCUGUCUGUAAGCUUGAUUGGGAGUUUUUCAGUGCUGGUGGUUUCCAUCGCAAGGAGGAGGCACUUACAAGAACAGGUGCAGCCCCUGGUCCAGCUGGCUGUAGCUGAUCUGUUGGCAGCAGCCACCUUGAUGUUCACCAAUGCAAUGAAUGAGACCGACAGCUUCACCGACAGUGUGUUAAUCUGUAAACACCUACUGCCUCUGUCACUGUCUCUGUUCCAGACAUUUUACUGUGUGUCGUUUCUGCUGGUGGUAGUGUAUGCCUGGGAGUCAAAGCAUGCUGUCGAGGGAUGGAGGGAGAGACCAAGAGAGGAAGAGUCCCAGUGUAGACGAAGGGUGGUGGUUUUGCCUGUAUAUACACUUGUGUGGUUUACGCCGUUGGUGAUGUACUUUGCGUACACAAUGUCUUUAGUCCUGACCACAGCGGACUUGGUACCAGCCGGCCACGGGACAGCAAACAACAGUGAAGUUAGCACAUACUGCACCAGCUGUAUCCUCUUCUUGCAUGUCUGGAGUGACCACUGCUCAGAUAUUGAACAGAUCCAUGACAUGUUCAUGCGAUGCUUUCUCUUCUUCAGUGUGAUACUAGUGUUGGUGUGCUGCACAGUGGUUUACUACAAGGUGGACAGCUUGUAUCGCAGGUACGGGGAGGGACUAUUUCCUGUGGAGGGAGACGCACGUUCCAGGAAAAGACUGAGGGGUGUGUUCUCCACUGUUCGCUACAUGAUUGUGGUUAUCAUCUUCUGCUGGACGCCAGCUCUUCUUCUGGUUGUCCUGUCUGUGAUGCCAGACAUACCUAAAGAGAAGCUCUUCCCCCUCUAUGUUAUACAGGCGGUGACGGUGUCUCUGCAGGGCUGUCUGAACAGUGUAGUCUACGCCUGGAGACGACCAAACUUCAGAGACGCUGUGCUUGGAGAGAGGAUGCCCUUGCUCAGCCAAGACGCCCCCCUGUCCUUCUUCGACGAAUCACUGAGGGGGCCACCAGAGUGACGGAAGAGGAAGCGAGACAUUCCACUCGCAAGUUUUUUCUGGUUCAUAUACAGUCAAUAAACUAAACAGACCAAACCCAGCUACUAAUGCAAUGGUGCUAUGGGAGAGCCACCCCCUUAAGCAGAAAGGAACUGACCAUUUUUGGUCAAUGGUAAACGGCCUGAGUGGGACAUCUCAUCUAUCCACCAUUUUUGGGGGCGCCCUUGACGCCUGACCUCUAGCCCUUAACCCUGACUCGAGAGAUGCUGCUGGUGGAAUUCUCCCUCUGGCCCAGAUCUAGAAAGAGUUUACCCUGCUCAAAUACUAACCUUCACCAUUGAGGAAAGCGAUUCAACACUGGACUUAGAUCAGUUUCUAGGGAUAACUUCAUUCCUCUACUCCCACUGGGAGUCUGGAGCCAAGGCAAUGGAGUUUACUAUGUACUUAUUUUAGUGUUAUUUAUUCUGAAAAUAAUCUUCAAUGCUUUAAUAUUCCUUUUUUAGUACUGUGUUAUUUCUGUAAGAUGGGUUGAUAAGGUGAUUAUUAUGAUGAGUUGUAGAGCCAGAUGGGCCGGAG